UUUGUCACGAUUCCAGAGCCAUUUUUCAAACUGGUGUUACCCCGUGCUCAGGGGGGCGUUUAGCAGCUGCUCUCUAAUGAAACCGUGGGCGAGGGGCAGGGGGAUGUGAAACUGCCUGGAAGGCUCUGUGGAUGGGGGGGAUAAACCCAAAGGGGGGGGCCAGGCAGGCAGCGUGCCCACCCCAGAGCCAAAGGUGCCCCGUGUCCCCACCACGCACGCUCUGAGGAUGGGACCGUGGCUCUCCUGAUGGCCAGACUGGGACACACUGGGAGCAAGAAGAUGCUUUCAGCCCCAGUAAACACCGGGCAGACCCAGCAGCACCUUCUCUGCCCCCAGGCCCCCGCUGGGGGGACAGGAAGGCAGGAGGCAGGUAGCAUUUUAGCUCUUUUAUCACCUGCCCGGUCCCCCCACGACAUUCCUGCUUCCUGCUCCGCGGGGCAGAGGCGUGCCAAGGCCCCGCAUUCCUUCACUCCCCAGCUGGGCCCCCACUGAUGGGUUUUGGGGGGGGGGGAGCUGCUGCUGCCCCCGGUCUGCUCAGUCUGCUUGUGCCCCCAGCUCACCAGGACACCGCGGUGUGAGCGGCUCCGACGUGCUGGCUCCAGGCUCCUUCCAUGCUCCGGUCCCGUCCCUGGGGCUGAGGGGCUCAGCUCCUCCGAGGAAGGAGUUUUUUAGGGAUGGGGAGAGGGUGGGAGGUGAGGCAGGGAGCUCCCCAGCACCAUCCUGCGCAGGAGACAUUUGCCUGCUCCUGGCACAAGCCUGGCUGCCGUCCUCAGCAGCCUCCUUACUCCGUGCCUCAGUUUCCCUCCCUGGGAAAUAGAGGCCAGUGGAGAAGCCCCAGCAGCAGUGAACGUGGCUGAGCAGUGCCUGAGCCCCGUGCCAGGGCAGUGAUACCCACGGGCUCUGCUCCAAGGCACCGAGUGAGUUUAGGAUUGACCCAGCCCAGGCUGAGCUGCCCUGCAGAGAGAGAGCAGAGCAAUGGGGGGAGCUCCUGCAGAGCCCAAACCCUCCGCAGCAACUACAGCAACCCCUGCCAGGUGUGCUUGAGAGCCUGGCUUUCCCUCUAGAGCCUGGGAGUAGCAAAAUGCAGCCUUUAGCUGGUUGUCCCCCACUCCCACUGCAAACCCUGGUACCGGUACUGGUGUCCCCACUCCAUCCUGGCUCCGCCGUGUCCCCGUGGGGCCCGCCGGUGUCCCCAGGGCAGCACACCUGGGGGCAGGUGCAGAGGGGCUGGGACGGAGCCACGUGAUGUUUUAAAAACGCUGGGGUUUUUAGGGGAGGCUGUGUGACCCUGGAGGAGUGUCUGCCAGCCUCACGGGAGGCAGGACCGCAGCAGCACCUCGCCCCGGCCCCACAAGCCACAGCCAUGUCCCAAGCAGCCGUGGGGAGCAGUGCGGCACGUCAGGGACCCCCCGAUGGCUUGGAAGGGGAGCUGGAAAGGGGGGCUGCACCCCAGCUGUGCCACGGGCAGGACCUGUGGGACCCCAAGGGGAGGGAAGCAGCCACCCACCCGGGGGAGGCUGAAGAGAUGAAGGUGAGGAAGAGGAGCAGGCCAGUGCGCUCCAAGGCCAGGAGGAUGGCUGCCAACGUCCGAGAGCGCAAGAGGAUCCUGGACUACAACCAAGCCUUCAACGCCCUGCGGCUGGCCCUCAAGCACGACCUGAGCGGCAAGAGGCUCUCCAAAAUCGCCACCCUCCGGCGAGCCAUCAGCCGGAUCACGGCUCUGUCCCUGUCCCUGCACGGUGCCACACGCUGCUGGCCCUGCGCCCACUCCGAGUGCCGCGGGCAGGGCGCGAGGGACGGCCGCCCCCGGCUCCUCGGUGCUGCAGGCUAUGGGGGAUAUUCCCCCGAGAACCAGCUCCAGCACCACGAGAGCCCGAAGGAAGAUCGCCUGGCAGCCAGCCCUGCGUUUUAUCCCAUCGGGAGCCACCAGCUUGGGCUCCGCAGCAGCUGCCAGCAGAAACACGCGGGCAGCCAGCGAGCCCCCCCGGUGGCACCGCUCUCCUGGCAGCUGGGAGGGCUCCAGAGCUCAGGCUACCAGCGCCUCCCCAUCCACUGACCCACCGGGCUGGGAAGGCGAGACGGUGCCGGGAAGGUAACGCAGCCGAGUGACAAACGGGGCAGUGGGAAGGGACCUGGACAGGAGAGAGAGAGGUGGGACACGGGGCUCGGCACGGUGCCCGGCUGCGCUCGCUGCUCUGCAGGAGAGCUCGGAGCUGGGGGACGUGGAAAACUGUUUUCUGCUCGAGUAAGCUCUGUGUUUCUUUGUUGUGAGGUUUCCCUGCUGCAAGUUGUCACGGUUAUUUAUUCUCUCUUGCUUGCUUUGUGAGAAAACACGAGUUAAAAGCCCAGCAUCGGGGCGCUGCCUGUUAAUGCGCGAGGUGGACAGAUGGGCCGUGCGGGGCGCGCUGAGGCUGCUGGCUGGAUGUCAGCUCUGGCUGCAGCUGAUGGAUGGGGGGAGCAGGAGCUGGGAGAGGUUUAUUUGGUUGUACUUUUAAUGCUAAGCCCAUCAGGGCACAUAUUGGUGCCCGGGCAGAUCUGCAGGAGCGGCCGAGGAGCUCAUAAACCCCACGGUGCCUCCUGAGAACUGCAAAGCAGCUCCCCAGGGAUGGUCUGGGACUGCGCUCCUGAUCUGCCCAGCCAGGAGGACGGGGGGCUCAGCCCUGUGCUCCCCGAGUGCCUGGCUUCCUCCUCCUCCUCCUCCUCCUCCCUCAGUCCCAGCGUGGGGUGGGGGAGCUGGGAAAUGAGCCCAGCAGAGGAAGGCUCCCAGCAGCCAGGAGAGAGAGCUCUCCGCUCAGCGAAGGAGCCUCUCGAAGUGCUGACGGUGUGAGACAUCUUGGCUUUCAUCUCCAGGAGGUUCCCCUUCCCAGGAGGGGCCUGCUGUCAGAAUCCUGCUUCCCCCACCAGCUCCCUGCUGCUGGGCGGCUCCGCUAUGGGGUGAGGUUCCCCCAUGGGGUGAGGCUCCCCCUGCACCAGCUCCCCCUGCUCUGCCCGUGUCAGCAUUCGUCACGCUGGAUGCAUGAGCCCAGGAACACCUAGGGGCAAGGAAGCAAAACCCAGGCAUAACCCUACACGAACCCCUCUCCACCCAAAUCUGUUUCCAGUUUCCCUCCCUCACUUCGAUAUUAAAGCAGCCCAGGUGGAAAUAGAUGCCCAGAGAGGCAGGAGCAGGGGAAAAAAGGCCUCGAGAGCCCCGAGGCAGCAUCCCUGCAUUGCUCUCGGGUUCUCGCUUAGGGCAGGCCCCUCUGCAGGCUGUGGGGUGGGAGAGGCGCUGGGGUCCCCCUCCUGCCCGGCAGGAGCAGGCAGAGGGCGCUGGGUGCGCCCGCAGAUGGCACUCACCGCCUGGGAAACGAAUCCCUGGCGAGCCGGAGAGGAAAAAUUCAGAACCGAAGAGAGCCGCUGGAGCCCAGCCGGGUGCUUGCAGUCCUCCUCCCGGCCCCCCCCGCAGCACACUCCGGACCCCCGGGUGCUGCGCUCCGCUUUCCAGGACUCCCCCCCCUGCGCUGCGGGUCCCGGCUCCUGCCUUUGUCUCUGUGCCGGGAGCGCUGGGGCUGCAGGGGGGGCACCGCCGGGCACCCCCUCUGCCCGUCCCCAGCUCCACGUCCCGAAACCCCGGGGCGAGGCUGAGCGGGCUGGAAUCACGGCAGAGGGGAGGGAGGACACGGGGGAUUCCCCCCUAAAUCCCCCCAGUCCCGCCCCAUCCCAG